AUGCUUCUCACGCAAACCAAUACCAACUGGCUCAGGAUGCCGCCCAGAGAGCGGGGCAGCUCUUUGGAAGCUCCAAAGGGGGUUCAAGGCGUUGGUACCACAUUGCUCAAAAAGCACAAGAUGCUACCACAUCCUCGAGAACCCCGUGUGCCCAUUCAACCAAUGACGCCCGCGACGAAGCCUCGAAGACUCGUGGUUGAUACUGCCGUAGGAACAGGUUCGGAAACAUCCAGCCCGCCCACCUUGAAACACGCGUCGAGAAGAAUCAAUAGUCUCCCACCGACUCCUCCUACCCAUUCUCGUCAAUCUUCAAGUAACAGUGCCAGCAUUAGACAGGAUGCAGCGUCGUCUAGGAACAGCUCGAACGUUCCAUCCGUUCCCACCACUCCUACGAACCAAAGAAGUCCACCCACGCCAGACGUGACACCUCCACGACAUAUGCCUUUGUCAUUUCGACCUCCAAUUUUUGAUCGAUAUCCUUCUUCGCGUGCAGAAUCAUUCAAAACCGCUCUAGAAUCCCAAGACUCUUCAGAAGAAGAAGCGUCAACUGUGCGCCCGGCCAUCCCCUCGACGAGGACCUCUGCGCUUGAAGUACCUCAACUUCCAAAGUUACAACAUCGAAGGAAAGAAAUUGGUUUAGGGUUGGGACUUGAAUCGGAUAAUGAAGGUACGACCACGCCUAGACCACGAGUAGGAACGCCUCGCCGAGAAUCUCAUGUCUUUGACGGAGAAUGGAUAUCGGAACCAAGUGAGGUAGAGCGGGAAUGGGAUGAUAAUCUUAUGAGGAAUGUUACAGUACGCAAGAGACCAAUGCGCAAUUUCCAGAUGUUUACCAACGACAACAUGGAUGAGGUUUAUGAAGAUGACAUUAUCACGCCAACUCAGGCGACCAAGAUUGUGCGGAAUUUUCCUUUACAAGAACGGAUAGACCGACAUCGACAGCAGAGAGACACGAAGAACAGGUCUGUGAGUGAUCAAUUUGCGCAGAGAGCACCUAGGGUUCAAAUGGAUUCACCUACGACUCCUGAUGUUCGGCGGUUUUCCGCUGUAUCGACUCGAUCAGUAUCUUCAACCGUGGUUGAGGCCAUGGUUGUAGAUGGACCACCUGGACGAAGGAAAACUCUUAGACAUACCAAGAAGCAGAUUGGGCUUAGAGAUAUGAGCUCGGAUCAGUCAACGAUACCUUCCGCACCAACUUCAGUAAUAUCAAUGGAACAGACUCAUCGUUUACAUCAUUCCAAUGGACGACUCCUACAGCAUCAGAGCCAGAUUUCAACCAGAACUGUAAGUAGUACAGCUUCUGGUAAAGCACGCCGGCAAGUUCUAAAACGUGGAGGAAUACCUGUGGUUGUUAUUCCGGAUAGACACUCUUCUACCAAAUCUGCAAAGACACCCUCUUUGAGAUCAACCAGUAGCCGGAGAACGAAACGUAGCAUGUCUCUAAGCUCAGCACCACUUUCAAAUUCUUCAAGAUUCAAUGAGCCGGGAUAUUUUGAUACUCUUCCUCCUCGCAAAAGGAAUUAUUCGGAAUCGGCAGGAUCUGACUCUGUACGAACGAUUGACUUCCCACCAGAUAUUCCAGCAAGAAGAUCUUCUUUAUCGGCUCCUACAAGUCGGAAUACCUCGAGAGCAGGAUCGUUGACUGCCGAGAGUUUGAAAGCUCACAAUAUGAUUCAAGCUAGGAAGGCGGAGCAUGUAGUGGCUAAGCACGUACAGAGUCCAUCGGUCGAAUCUCCCAACGAUGUGGGGAUUUAUAGUCCUCGUGCGAAUGUCGAUCACAAUGGAGAUCCCUUCUUUGGCAAGCGAUGUUCAACUCAAGUAACUCCGUUCUCGCAAGUAUCUUAUGAAACCGCAGGAACCGCAGCUGAGGUAUCAGAGGCUUUAGCGGUAUCUAUUUUCCCUCAUCAAAACAAGUCGUUACUUGUUGUCCAACAUUCGUCUUCAGACUCUUCUCCUCCAGCGUCAAGAGAUGCUUCUGGCUCACAGGAACCUCGGUCUACUAUGCGUCUGAGUAUUAAACCUACAAGCGGUCCAGUUACCCCUCCACAACCUAGACACCCAAUGGAUGAAGUUGAUUCUCCUCUUCGCAAUCCUCGUGCGCCUCCAGCACCACCAGCGAUCAAAUUCAUUCCUGCAACGCCUGCUGCGGUAACACCGGGACACGAAGAGGAGAGACAGUUGGGAUUCGAGUUUAUUCCACAGCCUUGCCCCUCAGAUGAAAGGCCAAAACGUGGUCCAUCAUUGAUUAGAAAACUGAGUACCCGUCGAAAUUCCGAACCCGCUGUGGACAAAAAUCCUGGAUUUAUUAAGCGCACGUUGUCUUUGAGUAAUCGAACGAAGCGGCAGGAUGAAUCGACACAGACAUCCAAAGGAGUUGCAAAUCUCAGUACACUGUACCCUACAGUAGAUGAUAAACCAGCGGAUGGAACUAAGUUACACCCAUUUUGGAGACCUUCACAUUUCUGGGAUGAUUUGGAGGAUGAAGGUUUUGCAGAUGAUGAGCUUGGUGGUGGCUACCCAAUUGUCGACAACCGACCAACUCCCAAGCGAAGUAUUAGUGGCAAGUUGAAGCGGACCUUUGCUAUCUUACCACUCGAGGACGAGCCUAGCCAUCGAUCGCAUUCUCAAGACCGAAGAACGAUGCGGAAGAGUACCAGUGGUAAUCUUUGUGUUGUAAAGCAGAGGAGUAAUUCCAGUCUGAGAAGGGACAGAAACAAACGACGACAAUAUGCUCAAGUACCACCCGGGACUUUUGGUCAUGGUUUCAAAGAGGGAAAUGGGGGUAGGGUGCAUACGAUUCCUGGCAUUGGGAUUCGAGUGGAAUAUGUGGGAUGGAGUGCGCUGAAGGAGAGGAUGACGGAGAAGCGACGACAGCAGAGGAGUGAGAAGUUGCGUUCUAGCAUCAGUAAUCCGAGAGAGGUGAGGAGUGGGGUGGAUGAUGUGCUUAGGAGGAGAAAGCAGAGAUGA